UAUAGAUUCAUAAUAAUGAUAGAAAAGUCGAUACCACGUGUGAGUGCUCAAAAUAGCUUUUACACGCGAAUCAUUCGCACUUCAUUGUUUUGCAAUUUACGAAAAUGAGAGAAAUUGUGCAUUUACAAGCUGGACAGUGCGGCAACCAAAUAGGUUCAAAGUUCUGGGAAAUAAUAUCUGAUGAGCAUGGCAUUGACGCCACGGGGAGAUAUCAUGGAGACAGCGACCUGCAGCUGGAGAGGAUCCAGGUGUAUUACAAUGAAGCGGAUGAUGGCAGUCGCUACGUCCCUCGGGCAGUAUUGGUAGACCUGGAGCCUGGUACCAUGGACGCUAUAAGGUCAUCCAGCUACGGGGCACUGUUUAGACCUGACAACUUUGUGUUUGGACAAAGUGGAGCUGGCAACAACUGGGCCAAGGGGCAUUACACAGAGGGUGCUGAACUUGUGGAAUCAGUGAUGGACGUCGUCAGGAAGGAGGCUGAGGGGUGCGACUGCCUACAGGGUUUCCAACUCACCCAUUCCCUUGGGGGCGGUACUGGGUCUGGACUGGGAACUCUAUUACUUAGCAAACUGCGGGAGGAGUAUCCUGACAGGAUCGUUAACACGUUUAGCGUAAUGCCAUCACCAAAGGUAUCGGACACAGUAGUGGAGCCAUAUAACGCAACGUUAUCCGUACAUCAAUUAGUAGAAAAUACAGACGAGACGUUUUGUAUUGACAACGAGGCUUUAUACGACAUAUGCUUUAGAACUCUAAGGCUGACUUCGCCGACGUAUGGUGAUCUUAACCAUUUGGUUUCCCUUACGAUGUCUGGAGUGACCACCUGCCUUCGAUUCCCCGGACAGCUAAAUGCUGAUUUGCGGAAGCUUGCUGUCAAUAUGGUGCCGUUCCCAAGGCUGCAUUUCUUUAUGCCUGGCUUUGCUCCAUUGACAGCUCGUAACAGCCAGGGCUAUCGCGCUCUUACAGUGCCGGAGCUCACGCAACAGAUGUUUAGUCCCGUUAACAUGAUGGCGGCAUGUGAUCCUCGUCACGGUAGGUACUUGACGGUGGCUGCCAUCUUCCGAGGACGGAUGUCCAUGAAGGAAGUGGAUGAGCAAAUGCUGUCUGUUCAGGAUAAGAAUUCGGGUUAUUUCGUCGAAUGGAUUCCUAAUAACGUAAAAGUAGCAGUCUGUGACGUACCACCUCGAGGACUCAAAAUGGCGGCCACAUUCGUUGGUAACACCACCGCCAUACAGGAGAUAUUUAAACGAAUUUCUGAACAGUUCACUGUUAUGUUCAGACGUAAGGCGUUCCUCCAUUGGUACACGGGAGAGGGAAUGGAUGAAAUGGAGUUCACAGAGGCCGAAAGUAAUAUGAACGACCUCAUAUCUGAAUACCAGCAAUAUGAGGAGGUAGGAGUUGAUGACGAAUUCGACGAGCAAGAAGAGACACAACCAGAGGAGGAAUAUGCUGAGGAAGAAUAAAUUUCAGAGUUGAGGUUUAGCGCAAAUUGAUAAUCAUAAUCCAGAGUUUUGAAUACGAGAAUCAGUGCGCAAGUCUCUUAUCUGAAACCUUACUUUAACAGAAGCCCUCUGAAAAUCAACCCAAUAUAGGAAGUCGAAGAAUCUCAAAAUCAAUUAAUACAUUACAAAGACUAAGUCCUAAUUAUACUAAGGGCCUUACAUGACACUUUGGUUAAUAAAAGUAGAUAGUAGGUAAAUUGAUCUAUCCGGCUCCCACACUUUGUACAAAAACUUUGUCAUUCAAUUAAAAUUAUGUCAUAGACAAAGUAACGGUUGAGAAAAUAGUUGGGUCAGUCGGCAUAAUUGUAUACACAUAAGGCAGUUUUUGCCACGCACCGCCACUAUGUGGAACCAGCUGCCCACUGAAGUAUUUCCGAACCAAUUCGACUUAGGGUCCUUCAAGAAAAGAGCGUACCAAUUCAUGAGAGGCCGGCAACGCACUUGCGAGCCUUCUGGCAAUGUGAGUGUCCAUGAGCGGCGGUAUCGCUUAACAUCAGGUGAGCCUCUUGCCCGUUUGUCUGCUAUUGCAUAAAAAAAAACACAUGAAAACCUGAAGGUUUGACUAUAUACGGUAAAUUCAUAUCGUCCGUAACAAGAUAAUAACCUCACAGUAGGUUCACAGGAUUCCUUCUUGUUCUAAUUGUCCUUAGCACGAGUUUUACGAUCUAUAUAUAUCUAUAGAUUAGUCGUGCUGUAGAUUGAUUGAUAAAUGAGACUGUUUAGCACCAAAACUUAAUUUAAUAGUUCUUAAGAAUAUAUGAUGUUGUGUAGAAAUCAAGUGUUAAUAAAAUUGUUUGUUUUGAA